CCCAGCUCUCGGUUCUCCAAACCACAUCACCAAACCGCCGACACUUGACUUUUGCCCGACCCACGACACUCCGAUCGCAUUCCACGCCUCGACUCAGCGCCUCACCGAAAGACGAAAGACUCGCAACCCAGGACCAAGCAGAGAAACACAAGCCAGGCUCGCAGAAUGGCGACCGCCAUCCCUUCCAUAGCAUGCAUAGGCAUCAUCGGCCGCAACAACAACCCCCUCCACAUCCAAAUCUUCCCCUCCCACAACCCCUCGACAAACACUUUCGCGCCGAUCCGCACCCCUCUACAAUUCUCCCUCCUCCUCUCCUCGACCCUAGACAUCUUUGAGCUCCGCCACGGCAGCAACAAUCCCUCCAGCGGCGGUGCCGCGGCCGCCGCGGCGCCAGGGUCCACGGGGACGGGUCUGUCCGGCGAAGUAGGCCUCCUCCACGCCGUGGACGAGCGGCUGGCCGCGUACGGGUGGGAGACCAACACGGGCGUCAAGAUCGUCGUCGUCGUCGACAUGCGCGGGCGGAGGGUCGCGGGCGGGACGCCCGGUGCCGGUGGCGGUGCCGGCGCGGAGACUACUGCUGCUGGCGGCAAGGGGGGCCGCGGCGCGGUUGGGUUGCGGGAGCAGGAGUUGAGGGUCGUGUUUCGGGCUGUGCAGAGCGCGUAUGUGCGGUUGUUGCAGAAUCCGUUUUACGAGCCUGAUGAGCAUUCGCCUGUGAGCGGGCGCGGGGGGCGGGUGAUUAAGAGUCGCAAGUUUGAGGGGGAGGUGAGGAGGAUUGGGGAGGGGUGGACGCCUGGUGUGACGAAUCUUUGA